CCAUGGAUAAAUCUCAACCACAAUUCCAAUCACACUCUCGUUUUCUUGAGAUAACUGUCAUCUCCGCGGAGGCCUUAUGCAUUUCCAACAAUCUGAUCAAGAAGAACGCUUUCGUGACUGUCCAAACAGACUCAUGCAACUGUAUCUCCACGUCUGUUGAUAGAGAUGGAGGGGGCUACCCCACUUGGAAUGAGAAGCUCCAGCUGCCAUUGCCGGCCAAUGCUCGAUCGAUUGCCGUCAUGGUCCAAUGUAAAACGUCUUCUGGGUCGUCGAAGAUGAUUGGGAUGGCAAACAUUCCCAUGUCGGACAUUGUGGGUGGAUAUGUGCCAGCGCACCAUCUGCACUUUCUAAGCUACCGUCUGAGACAGCAGGACGGAGAACGGAACGGGAUUAUCAAUCUGUCUAUCAAGAUGGUGGGCCCAGUAAAUGUUAGUAGGCCAUUGCACCCGUUGGAGAAGAUUAACGGUGGGAUUGCAGUUGGCAUUCCUGUGUCUUAUAGGUACAGAAUGUAGAUAGGAUGGGCACGUAAAAAGCCAUGUUCUAGCCAUGCACACAUGGGAAUGAGAGGAACUUUUAUACUCUGGUUGUGUGAUGGAUGAUACGCAGACGUUUAGAAAUUCUUAAAAAUUGCACACGUGGCAUACAAGUAAGUUAAAUUAAACUGUCCAAAUUAUGGUUCCCAGGUUAGAUUUGUCAUCAGUAUCCAAUUAUCAGAUUGGUUGACAAUUAUUGGAUAUAUGGUUAAACAUGAAAUU